AUGCAAUCGGGGGCCGGGGCCCAUCAAGACCGCGGCCGAGGCGGGCAUGGGUCUAGGAACGCCGCGUCUGCCUCCGCUUCGCCGCCCUCCUCCUCCUCAGCCGUGUCGGCUCCGCAGCUGGCAUUUGAUCUGCAGCAGCAACAGGCAAGACAGUCGUUGCAACAACAAUUUAUGAGAAGACCUGAAGGAAAUGAAGCCCUUUUAGCCUACCAAGCUGGCAAGGUGCAUGGGAUCCCCAGAGGGGUUAAUUUCGCUGCGGGGACUGGGUCCAUGCAAUUACCUCAGCAGUCUAGGAACAUAAAUGCCACGGGCCAACAAUGUGGUCCUCCUAACAUUCCGGGGCAGGGUCAUAAUAGGAGUCAAGAUAAUGAGCAACAAAUGUUAAAUCCUAUCCAACAAGCUUACCUCCAACAUGCUUUCCAGGCGGCUCAACAGAAAUCAGGUGCUGGGGUGCAAUCGCAACACCAAAUGAUACCGGGAAUGUUUGGUUCUCUUGGCACAGAUCAAGAUAUGCAUACAGCUAAUAUGAAAAUGCAAGAGCUCCUGCAUAUCCAAGCGGCUAAUCAGUCUCAGGCAUCCUCCUCCAAGAAAUCAUCCGAACAGCUUGCUGAUCAGACAGGGUUUCAUGGUCAAACAAUGCCAGUAAUACCUAUGCAGGGGAGCCAGGCCCAGCAAAAUAUCAUGAACAUGACUAACAUCCCGGCUGCUAUGGCUGCACAAUUGCAAGCGAUGCAGGUUUUAGCACUUGAACGUAAUAUUGACCUGUCAAAUCCUGUAAAUGCAAAUAUGAUGGCACAGCUUAUUCCCUUCUUGCAGUCUGGGAUGGUUGCUCAGCAAAAACCAAAUGAAAGCAAUCCAGGUUUACGUCCUGAAUCUGUACCAAAACAGCAGGUCAACUCCCCACAAGUUGCUAAUGAAAGUUCUCCCCGUGGUAACUCCCCAAGCAAUAUAUCGGGACAAUCCGGCUCUUAUAAAGCUCGGAAGUUGGUUUCCGCUGCUCCUCUCAGCGUAUCUACAAAUUCAAAUAUCGUGAAAAACUCCAGUAACAUUUCUGUGCAUAAUAGAGAUAACCAACUGCCCCCGAGACAAGCCACUGUGGUUGGCAAUGGAAUGCUUUCUACGCAUCCAGCAGAGUCAUCUGUGAACUUGAAACAGGGAGUGGACAAUUCAUUCCUUGCAAAAAAUUCUGCAUUCAACAUUGAAGCUUCACAGUUGCAAUAUACCAAGCAACUUAACCGAUCCCCUUCACAAUCAGCAGCUUCAUGUAAUGAUGGGGGUGUGGGAAAUCCGUCUACGUCUCAGGGUGGGCCACUUCCUCGGAUGGGCCAACUGCAAACCGGUUUUACAAAGCAACAAUUGCAUGUUCUUAAAGCACAAAUACUUGCAUUUAGGCGCUUGAAGAAAGGAGACGGAACUCUGCCACGUGAAUUGCUCCAAGCUGUUAUCCCUCCACCGCUUGAGGUGCAGAUGCAGCAGGUAUUUCCUCCUGAAAGAAAUUUAAAUAAGGAUAAAUCAGCUGGAGAGAAUGUGGAUGGGCAUACAAGACAUAUGGGGUCAAAUGAGAAGGUGCAUCAGGCUGUAACGACAGCUGGUGGUGUAAAUGUUUCAAAGGAGGAAAUUUUAGGGGAUGAUAGAGGAGCUUCCAUAAUUGUUAACAUGCAAGGUAUUACAACUGAAAUGAAGGAACCGGGAGAAGUGAUUCCUCCUGGAAAAGAAGAGGGGCAAACUGUAGGAUGUUGCGGGAAAUCUGACCUGGAGGCCAAACAGAGCAUAGAGAAAACUCCUAUCAGGAGUGAUUUUGCUGCAGACAGGGGUAAAGCUGUUGCCACGCAGUCUACCAUUCCGGAUAUGCUGCAGGUUAAGAAACCUGAUCAGACAGGCAACACGACUCAUCCUAAGAAUGCUGGCUCAACGAGAAAAUAUCACGGGCCGUUGUUUGAUUUCCCUGUUUUCACCAGGAAACAUGAAUCUUUUGGAUCAUCAUUGAUAAACAACAAUUAUAAUUUAACUUUGGCAUAUGAUGUUAAGGAUCUUAUCAUUGAUGAAAGUGGAGAAACUAAUAAAAGGAAAAGGGCAGAAAAAAUAGAGAAGAUUGAUAAAAUAUUAGCUGUGAACUUAGAGCGAAAGAGGAUCAGACCUGAUCUCGUACUACGGCUACAAAUUGAGUCGAAAAAACUUCAACUUGCAGAGCGUCAGGCUCGCUUGAAGGAUGAGAUUGAGCAACAACAAGAAGAAAUAAUGGCAAUGCCUGAUAGACCAUAUCGCAAAUUUGUUAGGCUAUGUGAGCGGCAACGUCAGGAGCUCAACAGACAAUCACAGAUCAAGCAGAAAGCAACCAGAGAAAAGCAAUUGAAAUCUAUAUUUCAGUGGCGUAAGAAGCUUCUUGAAGCUCACUGGGGCAUCCGUGAUGCUCGGACUUCCCGCAAUAGGGGAGUUCAUAAGUAUCAUGAAAGGAUGUUAAAGGAGUUCUCAAAGAGCAAAGAUGAUGAUCGUAAUAAAAGGAUGGAAGCACUGAAGAAUAAUGAUGUAGAAAGAUAUAGAGAGAUGCUCUUAGAACAACAAACUAACAUGCCCGGUGAUGCUGCAGAAAGAUACACUGUUCUCGCAUCAUUUUUAUCUCAAACAGAAGAGUAUCUUCGUAAACUGGGAAGUAAAAUAACAGCUUCUAAAAGUCAGCAGGAAGUUGAGGAAGCAGCCAAUUCUGCAGCUGCUGCUGCACGUGCUCAGGGUCUUACUGAAGAAGAAGUAAGAGCGGCAGCAACCUGUGCUAGGGAGGAAGUAAUGAUAAGGAAUAGGUUCUCAGAAAUGAAUGCACCAAAAGAUAGCUCGUCUGUUAACAAAUAUUAUGUCCUUGCACAUGCUGUGAAUGAAAGGGUUACAAGGCAGCCCUCAAUGUUGCGAGCUGGAACAUUACGAGACUAUCAGCUUGUCGGCUUGCAGUGGAUGCUUUCUUUGUAUAACAACAAACUCAACGGAAUUUUGGCUGAUGAGAUGGGGCUUGGGAAGACUGUGCAGGUUAUGGCAUUAAUUGCUUAUUUGAUGGAGUUCAAAGGAAACUAUGGCCCACAUCUUAUCAUAGUUCCUAAUGCUGUUCUUGUGAACUGGAAGAGUGAGUUUCACAAUUGGCUGCCAACUGUCUCCUGCAUAUUCUAUGUUGGCGGGAAAGAACAGAGGUCAAAAUUAUUUUCUCAAGAAGUGUUAGCCAUGAAGUUUAAUGUCCUUGUGACAACCUAUGAGUUCAUUAUGUAUGAUCGUUCAAAGCUUUCAAAAGUUGAUUGGAAGUAUAUCAUAAUUGAUGAAGCACAACGGAUGAAGGAUAGAGAAUCAGUACUAUCUCGUGAUCUUGAUAGAUAUCGCUGCCAAAGGCGCUUGCUUCUUACAGGAACACCAUUACAGAAUGACCUUAAAGAACUCUGGUCACUUUUAAACCUACUGCUUCCAGAGGUCUUUGAUAAUCGAAAAGCAUUUCAUGAUUGGUUCUCUCAACCAUUUCAAAAAGAAGGCCCCUCACACAAUGCCGAGGAUGACUGGCUCGAAACUGAGAAGAAGGUGAUCAUUAUCCACAGGCUCCAUCAAAUUCUGGAGCCUUUCAUGCUCAGGCGUCGUGUUGAAGAUGUUGAAGGAUCACUUCCUCCCAAGGUUUCAAUUGUGUUGAAAUGUAGAAUGUCUGCUAUACAGAGUGCCAUUUACGACUGGAUCAAAUCCACUGGUACUCUUCGGGUUGACCCAGAAGAUGAAAAGUGCAAAGUUCAAAAGAAUCCUGUUUACCAGGCUAAGACAUACAAACCUUUAAAUAAUAGAUGUAUGGAGCUCAGAAAACUUUGCAAUCACCCAUUGUUAAAUUAUCCAUAUUUUAGUGACUUAUCGAAGGCUUUUCUUGUGAGAUCAUGUGGAAAGUUGUGGGUCUUGGAUAGAAUUUUAAUAAAACUUCAUAGAACAGGACAUCGAGUACUGCUCUUCAGUACCAUGACAAAACUUCUUGAUAUAAUGGAGGAAUAUUUACAAUGGCGAAGACUUGUGUACAGACGGAUUGAUGGGACAACUAGCUUAGAAGAUCGUGAAUCUGCUAUUAUGGACUUUAACAGCCCUGGUACUGAUUGCUUUAUCUUCUUGCUCAGUAUACGUGCUGCUGGAAGGGGUUUAAAUCUUCAGUCUGCUGACACAGUCAUCAUAUAUGAUCCUGAUCCAAACCCCAAAAAUGAGGAACAGGCUGUUGCUCGUGCUCACCGUAUUGGGCAGACGAGGGAAGUUAAAGUCAUUUAUAUGGAAGCUGUGGUUGACAAAAUCUCAAGCCAUCAGAAAGAGGACGAAUACAGAAGUGAAGGUUUAGUGGAUUCAGAUGAUGACCUUGCUGGCAAGGACCGGUACAUGGGUUCAAUCGAGAGCCUCAUACGGAAUAAUAUCCAGCAGUAUAAAAUUGACAUGGCUGAUGAAGUUAUAAAUGCUGGACGAUUUGACCAGAGAACUACACAUGAAGAGAGACGCAUGACCUUAGAAACCCUUUUGCACGACGACGAGAGAUGCCAAGAAACAGUUCAUGACGUUCCCUCACUACAUGAGGUAAAUCGCAUGAUUGCUCGCAGUGAAGAGGAAGUGGAGCUCUUUGAUCAGUUGGAUGAAGAACUAGAUUGGAUAGACGAAAUGACUCGAUACGAUCAGGUUCCGAAGUGGCUUCGUGCUGGUACCAAAGAAGUGAAUGCCACUGUUGCUAAUUUAUCAAAGAAACCAUCAAAGAAUAUCCUAUUUGGAGGAAACAUUGGCAUGAAUUCCAGCGAAAUGGCCUCUGGGACGGAGAGAAAGCGAGGGAGACCUAAGGGGAAAGUUCCUAUUUACACUGAAUAUGAUGAAAAUGAUGAGUUCUUCGAAUCUAGUUCUGAUGAGAGGAAUCAGUAUUCUAUACAAGAGGAAGAAGAAGAAGAAAUUGGGGAGUUUGAAAAUGAUGAAAAUAAAGAUAAGUUAGAAGAGGAUGAUCCUGUUUCUGCUGAUGAAUACAGAUACCAAAGAGGUAUGAAACACACUAGAAACAAUCUUGCACUUGAACAAGCAGGUUCAUCUGGGUCUUCUUCACACGGUCAAAGAUUAAUGCCAAUGGCCUCACCUUCUGCUUCUUCUCAGAAGUUUGGAUCACUUUCUGCUUUAGAUGGCAGGUCCAGUUCUCGUUCAAAGAAGGCGGUAGAUGAGUUAGAGGAAGGGGAAAUUGUUGGAUCUGGAGACUCUCCGAUGGAUCGCCAGCAAUCUGGUAGUUGGACCCAAGAUCGGGAUGAAGGUGAAGAUGAACAGGUGUUGCAGCCCAAAAUUAAACGUAAACGAAGUUUUCGAGGUCGUCCGAGGCAGGCUGCAGAGACAUCGGAAGAGAUGUAUGGUGAGAAGUCAUCUCUCAGAAGAGGGGAUUCUUCUCGGUUGCCUUACUCAGUAGAGCGCGACUUGCAAGGAAGGGAUGGCCGUGAGCAUAAAGUUCUUGGAGAGCCUAGUUUGUUGAAGCAUGGAAAAAUUGAUUCGUCCUUCAAUAAUAGACAAAAUUUAUCCACAAAAAAAAUUUCAAAUACAGCUAAAGGGCAUGCUUCACUAAAAUCUGCCAGAGCAAGUCAUGUUUCUAUUCCUCCAGAAGCUGCUUCUGAACAGCCAAGCAAGAACUGGGAUAGUAAAGUCAUGAAAGGGGAUACAAUUGGUAGCGGUAAGAUGUCUGAGGUCAUACAGAGAAAGUGCAAGAAUGUUAUUAGCAAGCUCCAAAGGAGAAUAGACAAGGAAGGGCAUCAAAUAAUUCCCCUGCUAACUGAGCUAUGGAAAAAAAUUGAAAACUCCGGUAACGUAGGUAGGGCAGGGGAUAGCCUUUUCGAUCUACGAAAGAUCGAUCUAUGCAUUGAUAAAUCUCAGUACAACGGAGUGAUGGAGCUUGUGUCAGAUGUGCAGCUUAUGUUGAAGCUUGGGAUGCAAUACUAUGCUUUCUCAUUUGAGGUGAGAACCGAAGCAAGAAAAGUGCACGAUCUUUUCUUUGAUAUCUUGAAGAUAGCAUUUCCAGACACUGAUUUUCGGGAGGCCAGGAAUUCUAUAUCUUUCUCCAGCCAAGUAGCUAUGCCAGUCUCUGGUUCAUCAUCGAGGCAGGUGCUUGCUGGUCAAAGCAAGCGACAAAAACUAGUAAAGGAUGUCGACUCUGAUCCAGGUCCUCGCCAGAAGCCACAUGCUCGAAUUCCCGUUCAUACUGUUGAAAGCACUAAGGUCAAAAGCUAUAUGCCUCAAAAGGAGUCAAGGCUUGGAAGUAGCAGUAGCCUGGAGACUGGACAGAAGGACGAACCUCGCCCAUUGACUCAUCCAGGUGACCUUGUUAUAUGCAAGAAGAAGAGGAAAGAAAGAGAGAAAUCGGCCGUGAAGUCCGGGAAUGAGUUGACUGGUCCGGUUUCACCCACUGGAAUUAGCCGUAAUGUGAAAAGUCCUGGCUCGAGUUCAGGCACGAGAGAUGUGCUAUGGAGCCAACAAAGUACCCAACCACAGGGACGGGUUUCCAUUUCUCCCCAACCUGAGAAUAGUGGCGGCUCUGUUGCUUGGGCAAAUCCUGUAAAGAGGACGAGAACUGGUGUUGGGAGGAGGCCCCCUAGCCAUUUAUGA